AGUGUUAGUAAUUCCGACAAUGAAUCGGUUAGUGACGAGUCUUGUGCAUUAAAGAAAAUACCUUUUGUCAGUAUUGAUAAAUUUGUUCAAACUGACUACUUAAGCCUGUCACCGUGUGAACAGAAAGUUGGUGUCUAUAAAACCGAUACUUCAGUUAGUUUAUGUGAUGUUAACAUCAUAGGGACACAUAUUGUUGACAAAGACUGUAACCAAACAGAUGUUCGUAGUGUUUUGCCGUUUUCUGGAACUAAUGACUUGGUUGAAGUUUUAGAACACGCUCAGUCGUUUAGUGUCAAUGAUUACUCUGAUGAGAGAGAAGAAAUAACAGGUAUUAGUAACAAUUCAGAACCAAGUAGCACGAAUUCUAGUGCCAGAAACCAGUUCCCCCGGGUAGUAUCUUCGUUGGUUAGUGCUGACGAAGCGACGGUGACGCAAACGGACGGUGUUAGUGUUAGUGCUGAGAACUUAAACGGCACGGAACACUUAAGUGGUCUCAGAAUGAACUAUGCCGACUCGAUUAACGUUGAAAGUGAUGGAUGCAGGACAGCAAGUGCUGGCGAGGAGGUCCAGGAACUGACUGAGGGCCUGUCUUGCACCUUGCAGGUGCUCACUUACCGUGACCGACUGUUUCCACCAUUGUGCUCGUCCUGCCUUCUCCCACAGUCUGUGGCUAGAGUUCGCCAGGGCGGCACACGGGUUCACAACUCGGCUCAGAUUAAAAGUGAUUCAGCUGGUGAUCAUGUGACAUUCCUGGGACACGGUGAAGAUAACCUAUUGAACGUAUGUGAUAAUGUCUUAGAACCUAAAUACAGUGUCGAUCGUGGACUCGACAAAUUGCCUAUAUACCAAUAUCGAGAUAUAGUUCAAAGGCCUGUAAAAUAUUAUCAUCGACAGCUUCCGAACGACACCGAAUCGGGUUCAUGCAGUCUGACCGCUGCUCAGAGUAACACAGUACCUGAAGACAUAACCUCACUUCUGUGUCAGCCUCUAUACGGCGAUUAUAACGUGAGAAAUGGAAGUGGUGCCACAUGGUACACGGACGUUUCGUCAAGAAGACCACUGGAUCUGACAUCCAGCAAUGAUAAUCUAGGGGUGCCACAUAGAUGUCGACAAGGCGAAGAAAUGGGAAGCCAUUACUCCACCCAAGAGUCCGAGGAGAGUGAGACCGACCGGUGUCAUACUGACAGCGUUGGCGGUGAAGAAGAAGGGACGAACACUGAUGGAGAGAACGCAGUUUUAGAGGUCACGAAAGAGGGUGCAGUUACAAUUAUUACAAACAUAACGGAUGCAGAUUCAAAAGAUGUCAGUUUAAGUACUAAAAGUGAUUGUGCGACCAUAAAUACUGACCUGGGCCUAAUUAAUAUGGGAAUGAGUAAUACUGGAAUGCGUUUAAACAAUUAUGAUUCAUCAAUGACUACAGAAGCAAUGAAUACUUAUCUUACAGAUGUCGCGUUAAACACAGCCACGAUAAAUAAUGAUUUAAAAUGUUACCGGUUAAAUUCUACCGAUGAAGCAGCAAAUGGUAUAGACGGAACUAAUACUGGUCAGAGAAAUGUACCAAGCGCAACUUGUGACACUAAUGAAACGUCGGAUGUCGAAAACAAAAACGUCGAGUUAAGUUCAACGGCAAGUGGUGCAGCCACGUCUAAGCCUAUUGUUCCGACUACAAUAGAACAGCUGAUAGGCGCCACUCGUAGCUACAACAGAAGGAACAUCAGCUUCCCUUUCAUUGACGAAAAUGAGGACAACGCUGCUAACGAAGACACUGCGGUUGCCAUGACAACGCGAGACAACAUCCGUCUGGAUAUUGACAGGUGCGUGGCAAGUUUCCAGCGCGAUCAUAUGCUGGAUACGCUUAGUGCCUCAGGGGGCCGUGGAAUCCGCUACGAAUCAGCUCCUGAGGAAAAUGACCUGUCGAAAAGCAAAGAUAUGGGUCACAUAGGAGCCGUGACGGUGCCUCACUCUGAUAAGGAGACACAGACUGCUGUGGAUUUAUCGGCAAUCAUCACAUCAAAGGAGGCCAUGAGAAAUGCAGUGGAUAAGGAGACUCAGACGAAAGCGGUGAAUAAAGACAUCGAUGUUACAGAGGCCACGCCGACAAAGCAAACAGAGUGUACAGAGGGGCACGGCGCAUCUGAGAAGGCAACAACAGAGAUGGCCACAGAGACCAAGCAAAGAAUCGAGGAAGAGGGAACAAAGCUGGAUAUGUGCGUUAGGCACCCGUGUGCCGCCCCCAGAUCGACGGCGUCGCCAGUAUCGACCGCGGAUGAACGGCGCACGAGCAGUGGCGACAUCGGAAGUGAAGCGGCGCAUGACGGUACUAUCUGCGCCGCAGCUGACAGUUCGGAGCAGUACGCCCCGGAGAGUGGACGUGCAGAACCGAGUAGAAACGCAGUCCCUAGGGACCAGGCACCAGUCCACCGUGCGAGUGAUGCUGCAGUCCCUAGGGACACAGUGAGUGCAGUGGGCAACAGGUGUUGUGAUGCCAUGCGGCAGAAGAACAAGACCAACGACAACGACGCAGCCCCCGCAGACAAACCCGUCAUUAUCGCCAAUGGCGGAACCAGCACGGAGGCGGCGUCGGGGGCGGCGAACGACUGCAAUGGACACGUGAACAAUCACCAUCACCACUCGACGGCCAGGUCGAUCUUAAAAUCGGUACUCAAGAGGACAGGCAAUGGGGGACACCACAAGAAGACCCCGGGUAGUAAAGCUGCUCCCGUGCCCGUCCCGCCUCCCCCACCUCUACAGCAGCCUCCGCCCCCACAGAAUCAGCCUGCCCCCAAGAAGAAGCACCGCGUUCAGUUCGACGAGUCGAAGAACAAGUUCUUUGACGCAGACUAUGUAAUCCUGAUACGAGAGGAGGACGAUGAGGAGGAAGAGGAGGAGGAUGAGGAGGGCGAAGAGGAGGAGAUGGAGGACGAGGAGGAGGUCUGCACGUGUGGCGCCUCUGCCGAGGUGGGACGGCUCCUGCCCCCCAUCGUGGGGAUGGUAAAGACGCCUCCCCCAGCUGGCUGCGGGCGCCCCAUCCAGCCCCCCGGAGGCGCAGUGCAGGUGUUACUCAGGACCCCAGGAAACGUAUCCAAGCGGGACGCUACGACCCUGGCCGGGGGUCCUGGGUUCGACCUCAACAUUCCGGAGAACUGCACAUUUGAGCCGCCCCUGGAGUUCAUUGACCAGGUGACUCUGAGUCCCCCCGAGGGCUACAAGGACGUGGUGCGCCAUCACAAUCACCCUUCCGGAGACGCAGACGUCAAAGCAGAAGCUCGAUCCGACAAUGACGUCACGACAUCGGAACUUGGGAAGAUUCCUCCUGUGACUGACGUUGCGGUCCGCGGCGCAGACCCGGCGGUUUCCCAUACGACCUCUGCAGAAGCGGGAAGAUUUCUGUCUCAACAGCAGCAGCGCUACAUCGUGGAGACCAUAACCAUGACCACGGUCACGGAGAGGCGCAUCGUACGAGAGGCGGACCAUGGACCCCGCAGGACACGGUCGCCGCCUCCCGACACUGACAGCAAUAUAAGUGGCAUUCUUAAAGGAGGAAAGCUCUGGAAGACUAGCGAGUCUCCUCAGACGUCGCUGAGCGAGGCAGACGAGCCGUCCGACGAGGUCGACAAGAGGUCCGUGCGCUUCUACGAGAAACAAGACGGCGGAAAACAAGCCGAACAACUGGAUCACUCGGAUCAGGAAGCCGAGAUCAAAGAUCAGGAGGCUGCAACUCCGCAGCCAGCAGAGGAGGCGGCACCGACCUCCACCCAGAAUCGCAUCGCCGAUGAGGUGCGUGUGGAGGAUGCAUCAUCGCCAGACUGCACAGAGCUUACUCUCACCUUCAAGUUGGGACAGCACCACGUACUAGUAGCCAACAGUUUACAGCGACCGAAUUCAGCAGUGAGACAACUCUUUCCUGUGCCGUCAAACUUCCUACUACAUAACCGAUCAACAUCUGACGAACAACCAGUUUCUCAAGACACGAUAGAAGGUGCGGACAGUGGCAAACAAAUCGAAACAGUGGUACCUGGCGGCCAGCACCAGUUUGUUGUUACGGCCGAUUCCCUGAAAAUGUUUGAAGAAGCUAAAAGGACGAAGCUGGCCGAGUUUUACGGUGCUUGCGGGAGCCCUCAGGGCCAACACGGCAACAGCCAGUCGCUUCUUGUAACAAGCGACACCGACGAUGACAGCUCGAGGUCACAGAUACGCAGAACCAUCGAGAGAAACAUUUUGAGGCGUAACUUGCUGCGAUACGAACCUGGCAACAAAUACCGCUUGCGUGGCGGUGCGGCGAAAACAAGGAUACAACAGAAUGAGGAAGACUCCCUCGAGGAGCGGAUACGAAGGCUCACCUGUGAUUUGGACGAUGACGAAAAUGAGCAAAACGAGGAAGUGGGCACUGCGGAUGAACAAAUUGGAGAGGCCGGGGAAGUGUACGAAGAUGACACGGCUAUCCCACCAAGAGCAAGUCCUCAGGGGGAGGAGACACGUAAACCGAUGCCCACAGAUUCGUCCGCGAGAGCGAUGCAAGAAUAUAUCACCUCAAGGAGUACUGCCGACAAGGCGACAUCCCCCUCAUCUGCUUCUGUUACGUCCUCAUCGUCGACUAGUUCCUCCACAUACAAAAAGUUGACGGACCUCUUCGCGCGAAAGACCAACGCAACAUCCGACGACACGGCCGCUCAUACGGACUGGAGUGGACAACCAUAUCACCAACACCAUCAUCAAGGAGUACCUCUGGACCUUGGUAAUGGUCUCCCUGCACCGGCCACAAGCCCUGGUGAUCAGCAUAAACAAAGUCACUUUGUGGGUCCAAAGUGCGCUGUGUCGCGUGCGAGCGUGACGUCAGAAGCCAGAAAACAGUUCUUGUCGACCUUAGCGCCAUUAGCAGCGUGUGUCACGUCUGGAUCUGCACAAGGGGAUCAAGAUGACGCUGAAGGUGAGAAUGGUGGCGACGACUAUUAUCAUCAGCAGGUAGUCGUGACGUCACCACUGUCCGUUGCUAUACCGGGGGACAGGAUGUCGGUUGCUAGUUGUAGUACAAUGACUGGAGGGGAGGAGUACAGCCUUGAUGAUAUUGACGAGGUACUAGUAAACGACGACCAGAAGGUUGGUGCCCCACAGCCAGACGUGGUAGCCGGAACACCAGGUGGGGGCGGGGCAGAAGAUGCCGUCCCUACGUCACUGUCAUCUUCCACUCCCGUAGAUGAGCUGGCGCUAUUCGUCGAGCAGGACGCGGGGCGCAUAGAACGCAUUAAGAAGCGUUACAACGACACCAACAACAACGACGACGACGAGCACGACGACUACGGCUUCAACCGACGGCCUUCUGUUCGUGGGAUAAAGCCCCGGUUCGGAUCUACCACAGAAAUACUGCAGCAAAUGCAGUCUCAGCUCCAGCCUCCUGCACUUCUGGCGUGUCAGGCCCGCAGUCAUGUCACGUGGCCCUACCAGGAGCAUCCCGAACAGUCGAGCUCUCCUACGGGUGAAAACUGUGGAAUGCCUCGACGACGUGUGCCGUUGGGGAGAGGAACAGCAGUAAUGCCGCCACUGCAGGAGGAACUGGGCCCCCCUUAUGGCAACUACAGUCCUUCAGGAAUCCUGCAGGUUAUGUCGCCCACAGACAGGAAAGACCGGCGGUACAUGCAACCGGUGAUGUACCCCUAUCAGCAGCAAGUCAGUCCCUCGACCACCCAACAGCAAAUCAUGAGGAUAGGUGGCGGCUGUGCGGACUACCAGCAACCGGGCACGAGGACACCCCCCAUACAACAUCUCCAGUAUCCUGCGGCAUCAAACUCACCACCCCCACCAGGUGUUUCCAGGAAUUACCCUACCCCUAACGAUGUCAUGGCGUCUGUGAUCCAAACUGAUGGUUCCACUCCCCCGCCAGGGCAGUACCACCACUACCCAGGUGGGUUCCAAAGUCUAGACCGCAACGCCUCCAAUCUAAUGACUUAUGGGCGCCGCAUGACCCCACCUUCUGGUGUUGUGCAAAUGAGGAUAUCGCCUGUUGCGUCUGCCACAUCUCCGGUAGGGCUUCACCACCACCACCACCACCACCAUCAGCCUCCACAGGGAUACCCCAGUACCGGCGUUGUCAAUUUAUCCACGUUCAACGAUCCGAACCUUACGGCAAUUGUAGACCCUCACUACAGCAUCACUGCUCACCCGCAAGCCUCGUCUUCCACGCGAUCAAGUCCUCUUACGACAUCAGUAAUCAGGGUGGGCCAUGGACAGCAGCAAACCAUCCGGGUGCCUUACCCUAGCGGUACCCCAGUUCAAGUGCAUUUGCUGACCCGCAGUGGCAAUGAGAGUCCCCAAAGGGGCUCCCCAUUACUUGCCACAAGGCCACAGUAUGUGGUCGCGCGCGGAACGCAGACACCGGCCCUGUCAGGUUCGAUUGGUUCGCUGUACCAAGUGCCUCCUAAUGCGAGGUAUUACCCGAAUGGCGCCUACAUGCGGCAAUACCUCCCACAGUCUGCUGCCCAGCUCUCUGGUUCGCCUCAACAGGGCCGCGGCCCCAUGCAAUACAUCCCCGAUUCCAACAGCGCUCCACAGGCAUUGUCGCCAGGUUCGAUGCCCAGCUCCAGGCCUUAUGUAGGUGAUGGUCUAAAGCCGCCUCAGUCGUCCGCUGGCGGUAGGGUAUACCCCGAAACGAAGCAGCCCAAUUACAGCUCCGGCAAGAUGGUGACUUCCCCCGUACCUGCUGCUGUGGUUGCCGCGCCAGUCCCUUUCAAUGCGGGUUCCCCGACCAGGACAACUGCAGCUAGCGGGGAGAGGGGAGUUCCAGAAGGUGCAGCCAGCUGCUCACCUAGCUUCCCACAGGACGCAAUGUAUCAGGGCCAGCCUCCAGCAACAAGUGCUGCUGUUCCAGACAACAAUGCUGCAACCGCGUCUGUAUACUACGCUAUGAACGUCUGACAGGGGCAGAACAACGAAUAUAGUCAUGCCUGUUUCUACUGGAGCUCCUGUAGCACCAUGGAGCAGUAAGUCCUGGCGAUGAGAACUGGAGUCUCCAGAACCAGAACAAGUGAUAACACAGUGCAGCAUGGCGACAACUCACAAGAAAGGCCUAAACAGGUUAUGAGGAGUCGCGGCUGGGCAGUGUUCAGAAAAUCAUAUUCAUUCUGCCUCAGGAUAUUUAAAUCCCAGUACAUCGAAACAAAUUACACAUGGGCAAGUAACUGUACAAAUGGAAACUUUGGAACAUGAAACAUACGGUCUAUGAGACACAGAAGUUAAAUGUGGGAGGAACCAUUACACGGUACAUGCAAAACCAGUUCAGAAACCAAGUUGCUCUUAUGAAACAUAACUUCACCCUUUUGUAUUAAAUCUGAAAAAAUUAGCAAAGCAAGAUUUGUCAACCUGUAUCAAAUUAAUCAUCAAGGAGGCGUAAUUACAUGGCAACUAAUGCGGAUAAAGACUUUAUACUGUGAAGUUGCGCUUUUAUUGUAUCGGUGUGAAAGUUCUUUAUGACAAUUUCUCUUUGCAUCUUUUUUUAACUGAAUGGAUUAUUACGGUUAUACUAUUUUAUGCCGCGUGUAGAAGUGGACAAACUAUUCAAUGUUUUAUAAAACCAUCACGUUACAUGCCAUGUCACGAUUAAGUUAAACUCGUCCACCAAUUGUUUUGUUAUUUUAUAAGUAAUCCGACCUCAUAUUAUUAACAACCCAGUGUGACAAGUCACACAUCUUCCUCGAUUGGCAUGUACUUGAUUAAGAGUGGUGUUGCUAACGUGGAGGAAUAUCGUCUUCAGAAAUCAAAAUCAUUCAGUCUACAGAUGUAGGAUAAACGCCAUUAACUCAUAAGAGUUAUAUCAGAAUUCUUUCAUAAAACCGAAGAUCAUGUUCGGUACAAAAAUUGUAAGAAAUGCAUGUUUUAACAAGCUACAACAAUCAGGAUUGUAACUACAGCACCGAUAUCAAUAUUUUCGUCACAAAUUUGCAAACUUAAAACUCUCAUCCUUUUACCUUACGUGAAAACAAUCAGUGUGCAAGAAGAGGCAUUGAGGAACGGAGACGAAAACAUUCUUGCGUAUAGGUUUCGAUAUAAUUAUUAAUUUUCAACAUAAUGCCAAAGAUACAAAAUGUAGUGGCGUCAUCUUUCACAACUGUGUAAAGAUGACAAAUAGCCUAUAGCUUCAACUAGAGCAGAAGAGGGGAGUUUAGCCUUUUCUUGUCUGUAACUUCAUGUCUUUCAAAAAUCACUCCCACACUCAAACCUCCCCCACCCAAUAUAAAACUAUUAUGUAUAUAAAUUACAAUGUCGUGUCACAUAUUGAAACAGCAUAUAUAUAUAUAAAAAUAUAAUUAUUUACAUGAAUAUAUUUAAACAAGAAAUGAUAUUAAAUGUAUUUCUAUAGAACGAUUCCAGUAUAGGACCAUUUCAAAGAGAAUGCGUAUCUGAACGCGAUAAUAAACGCAAGGGUAAAACAAAAAUUGACAAUUCUCGUGCAUUGGGGUCACGUAAUAAUUUAACUAGUUGUAGGUUUUAAACAAAAGCAGUGCGUACAGUACCUGCCAGAUGUUGGACAAACACCGAGAGAUAUGUUCAAGUUUUCAGACAGGACACUUUCAAAAUAGUCUUGUCACUGUCACCAACUUUUGGUUCGACUGUACGGAUACUGAGCGAAUACCAAAUAACAAUGUUAUUAUUAAUAUAACAAAUAUUAAUAGUAUUAUAUAUUAUAAUAAUGAUACAACAAAAAUGUGCUUUCAAUUUUCCAUAUAUGACUACUGUGUCUGGGUGUGUAUAUAUAAUCUAUGUUAUUGUUGGUAAUGUUACCGAUAUUGUUAUGUCCAUGUAAGUGUAAAAUCAACACUCGCUCACAGAGGUUCACAGUAAGAAAAGUAUUCCUAUUUUUCUUACCACAAAAAUCCCAGUUGUGAACUACUGAUUGGUGAGACAGGUCACACGAGAUUAACAAAUUAUCGUAAUACUGCAAAACUAAGGCUGGCUCUCAAAAUUACAUGCAUUAACUGUUUACUUUUGACUCACCCACUAGGCUAGAGGGAGAAUAUAUUGACAUCAAAUGAAUGUGAAAGACUAGCUCAACCAGGGAAUACAACAGUUUAGAUAGAACCAACUUCCGAAAAUGUGUGGUUUUAAGAACACCUGGACAAUUUACAAAGCCCAAAAGAACAAUUUUACACAAUAUUUUUUUCUUUGAUUACCUUCUCAUUUUCUUCUAUCUGGUUAUUCUUUUCCCUACCUUCCUAGUUCUCAUCUCCCCAUCGGGCUUCCUAAUUUUCUUCAAUAUCCAUCCCCUAUAAUGUAACUGUGCGUUCAGGUGGAAAGGGGAUAUUAGCUGUGGCAUAAUACUUAUGAUAUAGUUCAUUUGUGGCCAGGCAGCUCGCCGAGUUGAAAAUUCACCGAGGCGACGAAAUAUUUUUCGCUCAAAUCAAAAUCUAGCUUACUGGUCUUGAGUAAGCUAGAAUCACAUAAUCAUUCUGUCAUAUAUCAGCUCUAAGAUUGAUACUGCAAAAAAAUAUAUAACACAAAGCAUUUCUUACAUGUUAUGAAAUCAAAUACCUCAACACUGAACGACAAGUGAAUCUCAUUCAAUGUCUAUAAAUUUCCUAAAGUAAUCCGAAAGUAAGUCACUUUAAGGCUCACGCCUUGCAAAUGUUCAUUAAGAAAAAUGGGUACCAGCCUUUGUGUCGCAAUCUUAUCGUUGAUACGUCUUAUUCUCUGUGGUCUGUUUUAAAAGAACCUCUGGAGCAAGUAUUAGUGGCGUAUCAGUCUCAUUGUGUCACAUAGAUAAUGGUGCCAAAACAAACUAACCAAAGUUCUUAAAGUAGACGUCACUAUUAGUUCGUGAUUAAUUUGUUCUCGGCGUGAUCACAUGAUCCAGAAAGUAUAAAUCCUGUGUUUCCUGUAUGAAGUCCAGCGUAGCAAUGCAGACUACGUAUCAAUGGCAUAACAUGGAAUUACUAAACAUACAAAGAACUGUAACAUUAAUUGCAGAUGCAUCUAAUUAUUUUAUGCGUUAGUAGCAACGAAUCAUAUGAAGUAACAAGCAUUCGAAAUCAUGACACUAACUCUUACUUCAACUACGCAUUCAAACGGUUUCAAAUCAUGUAUUCACAUAUGUAUUUCCUGAGGCCAUAAAACGGCUGAAACAUGCGCUUUGAACUGCACAUUCAACUACGAAUAGGCGCUUGGUAAUUUAGUACGAAGCGUCCAACCAGUUAAUUUUGACGUCAGUAAAAAAAUCUCUGCUUUAAGGAAGGAAGGAGGGAAGAUGUACAGAUAAUCCAGUUAAAUCUGCAAUCACAUAAAGUGGCUGUAUGUACUGACAUUUUACUCUAUAUAUAAGAGUCUUCUGAUAGCUAAGUAACAGAAACACCCAUCAUAAAGUCUCGUGGAGUAAAUGUGUUCUGAAGGACAACGAACGUUUUUAUCCGUAGUUCCUCGGUCUUCGUGCUUACAUUUGUACACCACUAGUCAAUAUGUUCAACAGAAAAAUUUUAUAUACCAAAAGUCACCUUUUUUAAAAACCACGUAUUUAAGGCACUUCUCGUGACAAACAAAAAUUAAUACAGUGAAUGGACGAAAUACAACAAAAUUACUGACGGAACGACAGGGUCUACAGUAAAAGACGUAAAUUUAUAGAAAAUACUCAACAUACCAAGACUGCUUGAUUAUCUGAGACCUGAUUCCAUCACGAAGUUAUAUGAGUUUUAGUUCAUGUAUUUACCAUAGCUUUUCCUUAAUAAAAUAUAUUUAUAAAUGGGGUGUUAAUGAACGUCUUGUUUUUCCCACUGACGUGUGAUUAGUGGUAUAAUUAUUUGGCAGGUAAACUAACGUAUAUGCUGAUAAUCGCCGUGAAUCGGAAAAAAAUCUUCUGGUCUCCAUAAAAUGACAAUUCAAAACACCCACCAAUAAUUCUCACGAAUACACGACUCUUAAAUAAGAUGGAAAGGACUUGCACGUGACUUACCGCACUGUAGAAGGGGAACCAUUCUUUUGCGUUCUCAGCUUAAACACUGAUGUCGCGUUCCUGGAAAGAUUAUAAAAAGAGUCUAUAUAAGCAGGACAUAUUUCACGACAUUUCGCUUCAACUCUAAAAACAUAGCUAAUCUUUAAAAAAACUAAUGUAAACUAUGUACCGCCUCCAUUAACAAACAAAUAAUUCUGCGUUUUCCUACUAAGGGAAUUUAUUGGUUUCAUAUGAUUCUCAGAGUAAACAGAGAUUAUUUCCAUAAACAAUAUUAACACACUGAUCUUUGUAAUAGUUAUGGGUUGUUUUCUUUGACGUAAGGACUGAAUAUUUAAAUAUUUAGAUGCGCUUCGGCUUCAGCUGACUGAUGUUUCUUUGCUUUUACUCAUUUAUAAGGCAAAUUGAAGGGUAUAACUAAAAAGGGGUACUGCAUUCAGCAACCCCUCCCCCCAGCCCCCGAAGUCAAACCUUCAGUCAAAGCGAUUCCAACCCUUCUGGGUUCAACUCCCAGACAUCCAACCAAAGUUCCUAUUCAUAAAGGAAACGUUGCCUGAUGAGAUCACCUCCGACCAAGAGGAAUAACCCCUAGUUUGAAUGUUCCAAGGCAAAAAUAAAAAAAACCGUUAGCGUAAGCAUAUCCCCAGUUACACACUAACAGUUUCAGCUAUGAGCUCGCGCAAAACCCUGCCCUGACUUAGCUUCUUUGUUGGUUGGAUGGCUUCAGCUGUGGGACACAGCCUUGCUAACCUGUUCGCGGUAUAAACACCCUAAAUGACUGGUAAGGCGGCUAAAUCAAUGGAUGUAGUGCCAUCAUUUCCACGAACAAUUGAAACUGUCACGUAACGUCGUCUGCCAUCGCAAAGGACAAACGUUCUACCGAGAUACAAACUUCACGUACCUGGUGUGUGCACAAGUGUCUCAGAUCAGUUAUAAAAAAAUAAUUUCUGCAAUAUUUUUUGUUCGAAUUGAGAACAGAUCUUGUCAGGAACACAGAUUUUCAUUCAAUUUAACAUUGCUCUUAUGUUGAUUAUAGAAUUAUAUUAGUGAGGGAAGUAGGUUCGCAGUGUUGUUGACUAAUCAGGCGCAGGAUUUAGAUUUAUGACAAUUUUCUAGUAUGAGUACUUCAAAACGAGAGCAUAACCCAGGCAGUGUACAGGUAUCAGAGUGACAAUUUGUUUAUAGCGUUUUUUUAUAAGUUUAUACCUCACUUUACACGUUUUCGUCUUAAGAGUCCAUAUGAUUCGUUGUUACAGCGUUUGCUCGCCUGCAUGGAAGUCAAGGGCGCCAACUUUUGAAAAUUUCAGGGGGUUCCCAGGUCUGUAUUUCAAAUAAUCCCUUCAGACAAUUUGAAAUGAUUCAAAACGCAACUGGCUACAGAGUCUGUGCCAAGAACAAAACAAGGAAUUCGCCCCUGCCGCUCUUGAGUUCCGAUAAUCUCGUUAGUCAAAACAAAACUGAACACACGCAACCCAACCGGCUCCACUAUCAAAAAUAAGGAGACGGGGAAAGUAUAAACGUCCAACAACAAAAACUAUAGUCUCAAAUUACUACCUACUCAAGUUUAUUACCAGAAUAAUUAAGGGGGAAACGGGUAAAAAGUUAAAAUGAAGGUAAGGGAAGUUCAGGGCGUGUUCAGCUUUCCCUGAAACCGUUCAGGUGUCCGACCCCCACCACACCCGCGUAGUUGGUGCCCAUGAUGGAAGCAGAUUAAUUUUACUAGUAUUAAGGAACUGGUUUCCAUGUCUCAUAAAAAUUGGUUAUUUUAUUUAGAAUAGGCCUCGUAUGAUUGGUCAUAAAUUGACAUGUAACUAGUGCCAUUGAUGGUUAUGUUGGACAGAAAUCAUACGAUUGGUCGUUGUUUGUGUGCAAUUAUUUGUCUCUUGUGUGGAUUAAUCAUGUGAUUGGUUGUCAGCUGAUAACUAAUUUCUUCUUCUUUAACACACAUACGACCAUACAUAACAAUACAGUUGACAUAGCAUUGUUAUUAUAUGAAUAGAUUUUACGUGAUUGGUCGCUGUAUGAUUCUACAUGAUAGGUUCCCAUUUGACUGGAGCGCAUGUGAUUGGUUGCCGUGUCUAAAAAUAUGACAUGUGAUUGGUAUCAUGUGUAUGGAGUUGGCUGACAUGUCGCCGCAGUGUCACUUGUCUUUCACGGAGUGGAGUGUGGCGGAGUUGCUAUGGUAACACACAACGGCCCACAUGAUUUCUCCGGCUUCCUCUUCCAAAUUUUAAUGUGAAUUGCUUGUUGCAGUGGCGGUUCUAUUUCAGGUUUCUUUCCUGUUAUAAAAAGGUAUAAUGACGAACUUCUUGUCCGUCAAAGAAAUAUCCUCGUAGCACGUACAUCUUUUGCCUUGUUAUGGCAUCCAGACCCCUUGAAACGUACAUUCCAAACAGUGGACCGCUACACCUUAUCAAGCACAUGCUGUUAAACUUUAACAUCACAAAAAGAAGGUUCUAGUCAACUGUCUAUAGGAAAUACAUAACAGAAACACGUUUUCUCUCUAAUGUUUUAUGGCAAUAUUCAUUACACAAACAUGAUGGGCAUUGCCCAUAGUCUGAGAUAAAUUUACAUGUCUCAGACAGUGGAAAAUGAUCAACAUAUUACUGAAGUAAGUUAAUAAAAGAAUCGAGUUCAUUAGUAUGAAAUAGAAGGGUCUCGCUGUUCGCAGAUGAACCUAUGUCCUAAGGAAUAUAGGCUAUUGACGAAUGUAAAGUCGUUUCUCCUCAAAAUGACUGUAGAAGUAUUGUGGCGAAAUGGAGACCCCAUUUCCUCUUAAAUCUGCAACCUCAGUCAGAAUAAUUACAUUAUAUAAGACUAACCUAAUUUUGAAGAGUGAUAUUUGAAGUUAUAACGACGGAUAAUAUGAAGACGGCUGUAUUCUGAGAUGCGGUUAGUCUCGUAGAAACUGACCGAUAUUUCAGAUAUGCGAUAACUCAUCGCCCUGAUGAUAGAAGCAGCAAGCACAUUCAAAACAUUGGUCAGUUCCUACGAGACUACAUGGUAGAGCAUCACAAAAGACAGUCACCUUAAUUUUGGCGAUGUCAACAAGAUAAUACCUCCACAAAUUAAAAUUAAAAUUUAAACCAUAAAGACAAUUUCUUAAAGCGGGAAUUUCCUUUUCAUAAAGUAGCUUAUGAUAUUAUCCAAGGAAUAGUAAAAUACAGUGGAAAUUAAAUAAUUUUUAAAUCAUAGUUUUUAUAAUUCGUCUAAAAUCGCAUCAACCGGUCCAUAACUGGCUUCACAAAAGCUGGUGGUGUAUUUAGAAUUGCAGCGUAUAUAUUCCAACCAAGGUUAAUGAUUAUAAUAAUAAUCUAAAUUCUUCUAUGCGAACUCACAAUUCUAAUUAUUAUCCAGGAACUUCAGCGCCCUCACAGGAUCGAUGAUCACCACUGGCCUUCGUCAGAAUAUAUAAACACGGAGCACAAAUAUGCUAAACAAAAUAUGGGCCAUCUGGUAUUAGGCAGCUCUCAGGUAGACGUACUUGCAGAUAACACCACACUACACAGUUUACAUAUCAGAACAACUUGAAACAUGACUCCCAUGCUAUAAAUUCUACAUUUAAAUCGCUUCGCUGUCAGAAUUCACUUUCGUUUUUUCAAGUGUUAAUUGAAAGGAAAGACGUAACAAUCUUUUUUGAAAACAAUUUGUGGUUGUUACGUCAGUAAAUUUGUCCCUGUGACUAAGUACUAAGGAAUUAACGUCUAGAAGCUUCAUCCAAACUAGACUUCGGCACUAGAUAAAAGUUGAGUUUCCAGUUUCACGUUUUGUCCGCUUUAUCCCUGUAGUUCACUAUACAGGAGACUCGGUUUAUCCUGAAUCCAGUAUGGACGUGGUGAAAAAGAAAUCCAUUCCCCUGUCGAUAAUCAAACCCAGGUAGUUUAGACAAUCAUUUUAAAGACGGAGCUGUAUCGGAUCAAGUUUGAUUGCUGUCACACAAGACUUUCACUAGAGUCAGAACGUGUGGCUGCAAGAUUAUUUAGUUUGGGUUCUUUUAAGAAUAAAACGGCAAUUAAGUUCGCCAGCUCAAGUAUUCUAUCCUAAAGCUCUUAUAUUACUUCUAUGAGCAGUAUUCACAAUUGAACCCGAAAACUGUAUGUUAGAGGUUAACGCACAAAAGUAAUUUAGGAUAAAUAUAAUAUUUUCACUGACUAUAUAUAAAAUAUGUCAGAAACUAACUUCUUCGUAGUUAAAUAAAUACUUGUAAUAUUCUGC